AUGGCGAAAGAGCACUCCGGAGGUCGACAGCAGAACAGUUGCUAUUCAAAGGAUACUAAUGUUCUUCCGCUUGGUAUCACAGAUCAGACAGAUAUUCUAGAGAAAAUGACGGUUCUGGACCUUCCUAUUGAAAUGCUCUUGUCUAUUGCUGAGGAGUUUGACAGUUCCCGCGACAUCUUGUCCUUUGCCCGAGUUAAUAAGAGGGCAUAUGGCCUGCUGCGGUCGGCUCUUUACAAAUUCAAUAUCCAGCAGCAAAACGCCUCGGCGUUGCACUGGGCCGCAUGCAACGGAAGGCCGCUCAUGGCGAAGAUGAUGCUGCAGCGCUACCUGUACGAUGUGAACGCUGUCUAUUGCUCCAACACGCCGCUUAUCUACGCCGUAUUUCACGGUUCUACAACGGUUGCUCACAUUCUCCUUGCCAACCGCCAUAUCGACGUCAACUUCCAGAACAAAAGAGGGCAAUGUGCCCUGUGGUGGGCCGCACGCCGUGGUGGUACAGAUAUUGUUGAACGAUUGCUACAGCGCGAUGAUGUCCAAGUUGACAACCGCGAUCUAAAGGAUCGCCUUACUCCGCUGGGCGUUGCAGUAUUGAAGGGGCACGAACGAAUCGCGCGGCAUCUCUUGAACACGGGCCGAGUGGAUGUCAAUGCACGGAACCGACAGAGGCGGACCCCCAUUUUUCACGCGCUUUCCCGAGAUGACCGGACUAUAACGGAAAUGCUUCUUGCGGAUGAGAGCGUCGACCUGUCCUGCCAGGAUGUCUGUGGCCGCACCCCCCUUAUGUACAGCGUCUUAAAGGGCCGGACCGAGCUGACAAAGUUACUCUUGGGCCACUCAAGGCCCUACGUCGACGUCCGGGAUAGUAAAGACCUAACGGCCCUUUGGUAUGCUGUUCGAAUGGGAAAUGAAGAAAUCGUCCAACAUCUCCUGGAAGGCCAUUCGACACUCUUACGUGAUGCGAACCAUGGCAUCGGCGGCGAGCAAGCGCUACUGUGUCUGGCCGCCUACCUAGGGAAAGAUAAGAUGGUGCAACUAUUUCUUGAUCACGGCUGGGACGUGAACGAGGUGGAUGCACAAGGGCGAACGCCAUUGCAUCUGGCGGCGCAGCAAGGACAUUUUUUAGUCGCCCAGGUCCUUUUGAACCGCCCACAAAUCAAUUUGCGCGCGCAGGAACAGUGGGGAUCGACGGCCUUGCAUGAAGCCGCCAAGCGAGGGCAUUUGGCGGUAAUCGAACUGCUUCUGGCUAAGCCAGGGAUAGCCAUCAACAUUGAGGACGUGAAUGGCGCCCACCCACUCUGGUGGGCUACUAAAGGCCGCCACAACGAUGUGGCCGCGCGACUGCUGGACGAACCGAAUAUUAGUGUUAACGCCAUCGGCAAAUUCGAGGCACCUGAGCCGGAUUCAUCAACAUGCCUCCAUCAUGCGGUCCAAGCGGGAGCAAUGGAGAUUGUCCGCAAGCUUUUGGCGGUGCGGGCCCUCAAUCCCAAUGUCGGCGACCACCAGAAGUGGACUCCGCUUUGCUGGGCAGCUAACCAAGGGAAUGUGGAGAUGGUGGAGCUACUCCUCACCCGGCCGGAUAUACGGGUAAACGGGGUCGAGGGAAAAGAAGCUCCGCCGCUCUGUUUAGCCGCAAGGGAGGGCCAGAUCCAGGUAGUCCGUCGCUUGCUACAGUGGCCAGGCAUUGACAUCAACCAACAAUGGGGUGCCUAUCUGCCACCACUCCUGGCUGCCAUCACCAACGGUCAUUCGAACGUAGCAAUGUAUCUGCUUGGGUGCGGGAAACGAUUGGACGUCAACGCCCAAACUUACGCGAAGGAAUCCGCACUGUCUCUGGCAGCGCGCCAGGGAGACCUACAGGUGGUCGAAAGUCUCCUGCGCGACUACCGCACAGACUGUAAAAGCGUCGACGACCGGGGACGCACUGCAUUAUGGUGGGCGGCCCAUACGGGCCAGAAGCCGAUUGUGGAACGGUUGCUGGCGGACGAUCGUGUCCUGAUCGAUGUUGCGGAUGACGAGGGCAUAGACGCUCUGAAUGCCGCGCGGCGACAGUAUCAUUUUAAUACUGCCAGACUCCUACGGGCUCACCGGCCUGGACAUCAUUCGAGUAGCGAUGGCUUUCGCCAUCCAGCUACCAGUAUUUCAUAG